GCAAUACUGGUCUAAGUGACAUUUUUUCACAAAAUCACUUUUUUUCAUUUUUUUAUUCAAAUACAUGAAAUACAUAUUCUGUAAAAAUAUUAGGGUUAAAUUUCAAUUUUUUAACAACUUAAACCCAAUAAAUUUAUUAAGACCAUCUCAUGAUGUAAGUUUUCAUAUUUGCAGCAAAAGUCUAUCAUGAGUUAGACCUCUAUUGCACUAAAUAGUUUACAGAUGUUUAAGUCUAACUUGAGUUGGACUUGUACUGCACUACAAAUUUGCACUGUACAUAUUUGCAUUCUUCAGUUGGACCUGUAUUUGACUAUUAUAACUUCAUGUAUAAUGAAAUAUUGAUUUUUUAAACUUAAAUUAUGACAUCAUUGAUGUGACCAGUGAUGUCAUAUGUGUAUAAUCAGUAAUGUAAUAUGAAUGAUGUCAUCUGCUUGACCAUAAUAUUAUACAGAAAAAAACAUCUAAAAGCAAACAUAUCAUAAUAUUAUACAGCAAAAAACAUCUAGGAGCAAACAUAAGGUAAGAUUAAGUUUAUUUUUUUUUAUUAAAGACAUAUAAAUGCUAAGAGAUAAAGUCUUUUUGGUUACAUGUACAUGUUUACAAAGUUCAAAGUACACUGAUGCUUCAAUAUACUGGUAUAAUGAAGUUUAAACUGUUAAUGCUACACUGGUUAACUUAAUAUUGCUUAGUAACAAAAAUGAUUUUCUAUCUAUUAAAACUAAAUAAUAGUUAAUUUUUCAAAAGUAUACAAAAGCAUUAAUCUAUAAUAAUAUUGUAUUACUAAACUAAGAUUUUUAAAAAUAUUUAAAUGCGAUUUUGGCUCAAAUUCUAUAUUUUGUCACACUUCUUUCAAUAUGAAUUAGCACAAUUAUAAAUUAACACAUAAAUUAGGCUUCACAUUUGAAUUUCUUAGUUUAAUAAAGAAAACAAACUUUUUAACACUAAUGUGCAGUCUCAUAAUAAUUCACUUUUCAUCAGUUCCCACAUUUUUUCUUAUAGGAAUAUGGCAACAAUGAUUGGCUCAUUCCAUCAAGGGCACUUUAAGUUUAAAGGUGCUGGAAAACAGUGUGUUUGUAAUAGUCUCGUGGCAAUGUUAUAUUCAAAGGAACUUUGCCCAAAAAAAUGGAAAACCUCUGAUAUAGAUACUUUACUUGAAGAAGGCGAUAAAAUGUAUAUGUUGAUUCAUGGCAGAAAUGAGCAUGACCACUUGCUUAUAUCAGAUAUUCCAAAAAAUGUCCAUUACAAAAAAGAAGUCUACAACAUGCAUAUUCAUCAAGUUUGGAGUGGUACAAUGGACAGAGUUACAAGUCAAAAACCAUUCAUGUCACUUGAAGACUCGAUCAAAAGCAUUCAAUCAUUUUGUUUCUUUACAAUUGGCUGUUAUACAACUGCAAUUAUGAACAAUGGAGAUGAUCUUUACUUAUUUGACCCUCAUAGCCGAAAUGAAAUGGGCAUGAGUUGCCCAGAGGGACAGGCAAUUCUAUCAUGCCAUAAAAAUGUAGAAAGUCUCUGUUUAUUUUUAAGGCAUCUAUCAGCAACAAUAUAUAGAGAAAAAUCUGUUGUUUUUGAAUCAACUCAUGUUGAUUUCUGUUGCGAUAGUGAAAGUGAUGUAGCGUCAAGUGAUUUUGAUGGGUUUUCAACUGUAACAGAUGGUGAAUAUACCUGCAUUCUAUACAUGGCAAAUGAAAAUAUGAAGGUCAAAAUGCAACAAAUUGACGUUGAAAAUGAAAGUGUUUCUAGUAUUGAAAAAAAUUCUGUAAGUGAUGAUUCCGAAGUUUUAUCGUGUGAAAAUACUAGUCCUGAAGAGUUUUUUGUAGCUGAAAAGAUUAAUUUGCCCUCAAGUGAAGGAAAUAUUAGCAAAGAUAGUGCUGAAUUUAACAUCAAUUUAAAUGAUUCUUUUGUUGAUAGAGUUAUACAGGAAGGUUUAAUGAAUGAAAGCAAUGAUUUCACAAUGAACUUUGACUUGUUAAACUUCUCUGAUGAUGAUAAUGUACCUCUAAGUUCUGUAAAACAAAAAAUUUCCAAAAACAAAAUUCUAACUGAAGAUGAUGUACCUCUAAGUUCUUUGAAACAAAACACUGCAAAAAAUAAAAUUCUUACUGAAGAUGAUGUACCUCUAAGUUCUUUGAAACAAAACACUGCCAAAAACAAAAUUCAAACUGAAGGUGAAAUACCUCUCACAUCAAUAAAACAAAAAAAUGCCGAAAACCAAAAUCUAGCUUCAGGUGAUGUCCAAAACCAGAAUCUAUCUGAAGAUGAUGAACACAAAAAUGAACAUAUUGGACAUAAUAACAGAGGUAAAACAUCUGAUGAAACUGUAGAACAUCUUCAAGAAACUGAAAAUAGUACAAGUAUGAAUGAAGUAUCUGAUAAGGAGGAAUAUAGGGGAAGGAAGCGGUUAAGAAAGGAGAGUUUAUGGAAGAGAACUUUAGCUAAGAAAAAAAGAAACUCGGGCAGUCAAUACAAAAGUCUGAAUAGUGGAAAAUUUGUUAGAGCUAGGUUACUGAAAAGGGGUUGCAGUUUUUCAUGCAGAUACAAAUGUCAUAAAAAAAUACCCGAGUCGCAACGCCAAAAGAUAUUUCAUGAAUUCUGGGCACUUGGUGAUAUAAACAGGCAAAGAGAUUACAUUUCUAGUUGGGUAUGCGUAAACCCAAAAAAAUCUAGAACAAAUUUGACAAGAUCCCCCAAAAGAAAUUUAUCAAGAAAAUGGCAGUUUAAAAUUGAUGGCCAGUUUGUAACUGUAUGUAAAACAUUCUUCCUAGACACUCUAGAUAUAAGUCACACAGCUGUUGAUACAGCUUUAAAAAAAGGUUGUAUCAAGGAGAACAAUACAUCCGGUAUAGCAUCACCAGACAAAAGAGGCAGGCAUGAAAAUAGAUACAAUAAAACCCCAGAAAUACAGAUUGGCCAUGUAAAAUCACAUAUCAAAAGUUUCCCCAAAGUUGACUCCCAUUACUGUAGAAAACAUUCCUUAAAAUCCUAUUUGGAACCUGGAUUAUCAGUCCCAAAAAUGUACCAGUUGUAUUUGCAAGAUUGUGGAAAGAAAGAUUUAGUUCCCGUCUCCCUGAGUGUGUAUAGAAAUAUAUUUGACCACCACUUUAACAUUGGUUUUUUCAAACCUAUAAAAGAUAGGUGUGACUUUUGUUCUCGAUAUAACAAUUCUUCAGAGAAAGAGAAGGCAAACAUGGUUAAAGAAUAUGAAGUUCAUAUACAGAAUAAAAAUCUUAUGAGAGAUUCAAAAGAAACCGAUAAAGCCAGAGCAAAGCACGAAAGCAAUGUAUGUGUUGCAUGUUUCGACCUUCAGCAGGUUCUCCCUACUCCCCAUAGCAACGAAUCUAUUAUGUAUUACACCCGCAAACUUUGUACAUUUAACCUGUCUGUUUAUGACCUUGGCACCAAAGAUGGUUCCUGCUACAUUUGGCAUGAGGCAAUUGCUGGCAGAGGUUCGAAUGAGAUUGCCUCUUGCAUGUUCAAAUACUUGAGAAGUCAGUCUUUUAUUGGAAAAAGAGAAGUUAUCUUAUAUUCCGACAGUUGUGGGGGCCAAAAUAAAAAUAGAAAUUUCUUAACAAUGCUAAGUUAUGCAAAAAAGAAAUAUAAGUUUGAAAAAUUGCAGCACAAAUUUUUGGAACGUGGACAUACACAGAAUGAAAAUGAUUCAAUUCAUGCAAGUAUUGAACGUAAAAGCAAAAACAUUUCCAUUUUUACGACUCCACAAUGGGCUGCAGUUAUAAAGGCUGCCAGAAGUAAACCCUAUCAUGUUUAUGAAUUAGACACAAAUGAUUUUUUAAACUUUAAAAUCAUGUCUGAGUCAGUACCAAACCUAGAUUUGGAUGUUGAUGGACAAAAAAUCAUGUGGCAAAAGAUCAAGGUAAUAACACUUGAAAAACAAGAUAGUAACAUUAUUGAAGUCCAGUACAGUGACAAUUCUUCUGUUGUGAUCAACCUUGCGGUGAGGGUAACC